CAUAGAAAUUAGACAGCUGACCAAAACAGAAAAAUGCUAGUUGCCAGAAAAUGACAAAAUUGGCCCAUUAAAUUGGUCAAUAAACGGACAACUCUUGGUUAAGUAUGCAUAAUACCAUUCUAUCUAUAUUCAGAGAGCAAAAACAGACAGAACAUACCAUCUAAAAUGGCAGGUUUUAUGGAAUUAUUUAAUUUAUUGGCAAUAAAAAAUCUGAAAAAUUCAAGAUGGUGGAUCAUGAUUUUUUGGUUGAGUUGUUUUGGAGUAAACAGUAGAGUAAGCAGUGAAGAAUACAGGCCAAGUGAACGAAGUGACUAUGCAUAUGUUAAUACAACAUACAAGGAUCCAAUUACGGGUAGAGUCGUUUCUGUAAGAGAGGAAAGUGCAAGGUAUGGUCGAAACAGUAGAAUAGAUGCGGAGUACGGAAUGGUCGUUCAUGUCACAGACAAAGAUCACAAACAUUAUGGCUGCAAACCUCACAUAAAUAAAAUCCCACCAGACACUAAGUGGAUAGCAUUAAUAAAGAGGGGAGAAUGUAAAUUUACACAAAAAAUUGAAAUGCACGCCAAGAAAUCCAAUGCAUCCGCUGUGGUUAUCUACAAUACGGAGGAUCAAAAGCUUGUUGAAAUGGAACAUUCUGUCCCAGAUGUGGUAUCAAUAUUUAUCCGAAAGAAGGAAGGUGAACAAAUUGCAGCUCUUGUUGACAAUGGCACAAAGGUGAUGAUGUCUAUCACUGUUGGACGCAACGUCAUCAACAACUAUACUCAGAUCAACAAAACAUCCGUAUUGUUUGUGUCUGUCAGCUUUAUCGUGCUGAUGAUCAUUUCCCUAGCUUGGCUGGUAUUCUACUAUAUACAGAGGUUUAGAUACGCACAUGCUAAAGAGCGCCUAUCGAAACGGCUGACAAUAGCUGCUAAGAAGGCUAUCAGCAAAAUUCCAAUGAAGCAGCUUAAAAAUGGAGAUAAAGAAAUUGGUGAUGAAUUUGACCAGUGUGCAGUAUGCAUUGAGCAGUAUAAACAGUCGGAGGUUGUGCGCAUGUUACCAUGCAGCCAUUUAUUUCACAAGUCUUGUGUUGAUCCUUGGCUACAGGAACACAGAAGUUGCCCUAUAUGUAAGAUGGACAUACUGAAGGCAUAUGGCUUGCAGGUUCAGAUUGAAGGUUCUCCACCUGAACCUGUAGACCCAGAGAGUGGUCUUGUGUCUGGGUUUGAUCUCUCAAUUACAACUACAGCAGCAAGUUCAGAUCCUGCAAACAUGGGCAUUGAGGUGAUCAGAUAUCAGCCAGCAGAUGUUGAGCUGCACCAUAGGGACUCAGGCCGUGGCUGGCCUUCCAAGGAUGGGGAUAUCCCCCACCCUCCUGCUCAUACCCCCGCCCCGGCCUCCCUGGAUGCCUUACCCCCCAGGAUUGUGCAACGUGCUGGUAGUGUAGAAAGUAUCAAAUCUGUCAUUGAUCAAGAAUGCAGUGAAUAUGAGGCUCUUAUGUCUUGUAAUGAUAAGACUAAAUCCAGCAGUAGCAGGCCAGGUACUAAGUAAAUUUGAAUAUCAGGAAGUGAAGGUCAUGCUUAGUGCUUUAAACUCAAAAUAAUGUGGAAUAGGAGUGCAAUGAAAUGAAUAAAGAAGAAAAUGUCUGUAAAUUUAACACCCUUACUUGUACAGCAAUCAGGGUGCUUUAUAUCGCUCUCACAUCUACAGAUCAGAUUUAAAUUAUGGAACAGUUGCCAUGUUUCCUAUACAUGUUGGAAAAAUAAACACACCCAGACCAAUGCAGAAGUAACAGGCUUUUAGCCUCUGGCAACUGGGCAAGUGCGUAUGUUGCGCCCUGAUGGCAAUGCGAGGACAUGAGAAAGGUAGAGAGAUAUGAUGUAUAGUAAUAUAAUAAACAGAGAGCAUGACCAGAAGAGAGACUACAUGCCAGUUAUGUUUUCGUUGCUUAUACUAAGCUUUUGACAUCAUUUUUGCCAAUUCGAGCCAAUACGCUCCACUCACUCGUAUCAUUUGUCAGACACAUAUACAAAGAUUUCUAAACUUUUUGAAUGGAUUUGACUGAUAUGCUACUGGUGUCCUUUUCUUCUCUGGAUACAUAUUAUCAAAAACUAUUUUAAAUUAAUGUUACAAAUGCUUUUUCAUCGCAGUUAAAGAAAAUUGUGAUUUCUGAUUUAAUGCCAAUACCCAGGAAAACGCUAUGUAAAUGUGUGAAUGGAUAAUCUCACAUGAU